AUGGGUGUGUUAAAUAUUUCAGGUAGGCUUUUGACAGUCCUGCUUUUAGCUGGCAAUACGUUGUUGUUGCUGUUGAUCGUUCUUUCCGGGGGGAUCGACAAUCGUCCGAUUAAUCGACUCUACUGGUUGGAGGCGAACACUACGGCUAUCGAUGGAGCGCCCGACGUGUCUAGGUGGACGUUCUGGGGUCUAUGCUCGAAGACUGAUAAUAGGAAUACAAACUGUUCUCUGUCGCCAGCGUAUCCGCUGUCGCCAUCUGAGAAUUUCAAAAUGUCGUCUGGUGUUCCUUCUGAUUUUACUAGCAAUAUGGACACUUACUACUAUUUGUCUAGGUUUUCGUUUUGUUUCUUUUGGAUUGCUCUGUCGUUUUUGGGUAUUGGCUUUUUGUUCUAUGUUUUCACCUGGUGUUCUUAUUCUUUUACCAAGGUUGUCUUUACGCUGGUCCUUAUCGGAUGUAUGUUUGACAUGGCGGCUGUGGCAUGCCAGACUGCGGUCAUUGUGAUGGCGCGGAAUGCUUUCAACGAAGGAAAUAUGUCUCCCAAGAUCGGUGCAGCUAUGAUGGGGCUUGCCUGGGCUAGUGUUGCUUGUUCUAUUAUCACCUUCUUCGGUACAGGUAUUUCUUUUAUCCGUAGGGCAUGGAGAGCACACAAGGAGUACGUCGAGAUGCAGAACUACAAGGAGCAGGCAUUGAGAUAUCAGAACACCAAGGAGACUGCUGCGAUGGAUCAGCCAGUUGUAUAUGAUACCAAUCCGGACUUGGAGAAUGCAAGUGCUAUUGUGGGUGAUGAGCUUCAUCAUCAGCCCGAGACCCAUCAAAGUGGUGUAAAGUUCUUUAAGGUUAGAAGAAACAAAAAGGUUGCGGAUGAUGACUCCAUCUAA